AUGCCGUACGAUUUGGUUUUUCAAGGUGAAGCUUCUCAAAUGGAUCACUCGCGAGUGUUUGGCUCGCAAGAUUACGCUCAUGUCGAUAAUGUAAAAAAGCUUGAGAUCGAACCCAAGAGUUUCAAAUGUAUGUUUAUCGGCUAUCGCGGGAAAUGCGUGUUUGACUUGGGAAAUGCCAAGAUCAAAGUGACCCGUUCUGUGAAGUUGGAUGAGCGUGAAGUCGAGGGCAUCUACGACACCAAAGCGCUAAAGCCAGAAACAAUUGUUCAAAUUCCCAAGGACAAUGACGAAGUCACGAUUCAGCAUCAAGUGGAUAGACAGCCAAUGAUGGACAAUUCUAUGAAAACUGUGAAAGAGCCAGUUAUAGAUGUCGAAAUGGGCGAAAUCGAGCGAACGCCAAGCGUCAAUGUACAUCAGCUAAUGCCUUCUGUGCGCUGUAUCGAAAAUAGGCUGGUAGGAGCGGAUUAUUAUCUACCGUCUCAAAUGAAUAAAUCAUUUGGUGUUUUGACCCGAGUUGGAGAUAACAAGAGAAAGACGUGA